AUGAUUCUGAAAGAUUUGGAAACAGUGGACAAGCAGCUCAAAAAGGAACCAGACGAACAGAAUGUUGUCAUUCAGCCGCCAUCUACACAGCCAGGUUUUUCAUAA